CGCCGAUCGCCUAGCACUGGGACGUCUCUCUGUUAGCUUCCACCAUCAUCAAUGGCUGCCCCGUCGACAGCAAAGACAGUUGCAUCAUGCAUUUUCUGCAAGAUUGUAAAGGGAGAGAUCCCGAGUUUCAAGCUGAUCGAAACCGAGACUUCCUACUCGUUUCUCGACGUAAAUCCCCUUGCGAAAGGCCACUCCCUUGUGAUCCCCAAAUAUCAUGCUGAGAAGCUGCAUCAGCUGCCUGAUGAGGAGACGAAGGACCUCAUCGUUAUCGCAAAGAAGAUUGCGGUCGCACAGGGGUUCGAGAACUACAACAUCCUCCAGAACAAUGGCCGCAUCGCGCAUCAAGAAGUUGAUCAUGUUCACUUCCACGUCAUUCCCAAGCCUUCCGCCAGCGAUGCCGAAGGCCUGGUCAUCGGCUGGCCUCAGCAGAAGAUCUCGAUGGACGAGCUCUCGAAGCUCCACGAGGAGAUCAAGCAGAGGCUGUGAACGCGCGGAAAUCUCGUUUAUGUGGAUGAAGUUGGAAUGUGCGAUAGUGUUAUAGGUCUGAGAUGCCGGAUAGAAUGCUCAAGUUUCUUUCGUCGUCUCAUCGGUGGGUCAAGGAUGAGCGUAUGGCUCCUGUAUUAAACGUACACGAGCAAGUUGAGCGCUGAGUUGAUACGGGGCGGCCAAUAUUCAUCAGAGCAGAUGGGGUCGCUGUAGCGAGGCGAACUGGCAGGUCGCGGUGCUUAUGUCUGAAGAGAAGUCUCACUAGCAUGUUAGUAUGUAAAUAUACAAUUCAUAAAGUUCUGCAUGCACAUUACACACGCUUCUGGUUAAUCUCAAAUCUUGCUUUACGC